UUGCUUCAAUCCAGUCAAUCAGACCGUCAUGGCGUCUAUGCGGCUGCUUCUCGCCUCCUGGCGCCCGGUGUCGAGGCUUUGCCGGCCCUUCAGUACCAGCUCCUCGCUCCGCGCCCUCACGGUCCCCGAGCGCAUCGAGGAGAAGCGCCGGGCGGCCAUGCUGGGCGGGGGAAAGGCCCGCAUAGAGGCCCAGCACCGCCGGGGUAAGCUCACAGCCAGGGAGCGCGUUCUUCUCUUACUGGAUCCUGACAGUUUUGUAGAGUAUGACAUGUUUGUGGAACACAGAUGUUCAGAUUUUGGGAUGGAGGAUGACAAAAACAAGUACCCUGGAGACAGUGUGGUAACUGGUCAGGGUAGAAUUAAUGGUAGGCUGGCAUAUGUCUUCAGUCAGGAUUUCACUGUCUUUGGGGGCAGUUUAUCUGGUGCGCAUGCUCAAAAGAUCUGCAAGAUCAUGGAUCAGGCAGCAAUGGUUGGUGCUCCUGUGAUUGGACUGAAUGAUUCAGGAGGAGCCCGCAUCCAAGAAGGAGUAGAGUCACUGGCAGGUUAUGCUGAUAUUUUUUUGAGAAAUGUUUUGUGUUCUGGAGUAGUGCCACAAAUCUCUCUUAUCAUGGGCCCCUGUGCAGGAGGUGCUGUCUAUUCUCCUGCGUUGACAGAUUUCACAUUUAUGGUUAAGGAUACAUCUUAUCUGUUUAUUACAGGCCCUGAUGUUGUCAAAUCAGUUACCAAUGAAGAUGUUACUCAGGAGCAACUUGGUGGUGCAAAAACACACAGUGCAGUAUCAGGGGUUGCACACAAUGCUUUUGAGAAUGAUGUAGAUGCUUUGCUCAAUCUCCGAGAGUUUUUUAAUUACUUACCUCUUAGUAAUAAAGACCCAGCUCCUGUCAGAGAAUGCCAUGACCCUAGCAACCGCUUGGUACCUGAGUUGGAUACUAUUGUCCCAAUGGAAUCAACCAAAGCUUAUGAUAUGGUGGAUAUUAUACAUGCGAUUGUUGAUGAGAGAGAAUUCUUUGAGAUUAUGCCUUCCUAUGCCAGAAACAUUGUAAUUGGGUUUGCCAGAAUGAAUGGAAGAACCGUUGGAAUAGUCGGCAAUCAGCCCAAAGUAGCCUCAGGUUGUUUGGAUAUAAACUCUUCUGUGAAAGGAGCCCGUUUUGUUCGCUUCUGUGAUGCUUUCAACAUACCUCUGAUAACAUUUGUAGAUGUGCCUGGAUUCUUACCAGGGACAGCUCAAGAAUACGGUGGGAUUAUACGUCACGGUGCAAAACUGCUCUUUGCUUUUGCAGAAGCCACAGUGCCAAAAAUUACUAUUAUUACAAGGAAGGCUUACGGUGGAGCAUAUGAUGUGAUGAGUUCUAAGCAUCUGAGAGGAGAUGCAAAUUAUGCCUGGCCAACAGCGGAAGUAGCUGUGAUGGGAGCCAAGGGAGCUGUUCAGAUAAUUUUCAGAGGAAAAGGGGCACAUGCAGAGGCAGAGUAUGUGGAAAAGUUUGCAAACCCUUUCCCUGCAGCAACCAGAGGGUUCGUUGAUGACAUUAUUCAACCUUCUUCUACUCGACUUCGUAUUUGCCGUGAUUUAGAAGUUUUAGCCAGUAAAAAACAGUCCAACCCCUGGAAGAAGCAUGCCAAUAUUCCACUUUGAAUUUGAAAUUACUUUAAUGAAAAGGAUGAACGAAAUACAUCGGAAAUUAAAGGACUCCAGGUGUGCCUAUUGAUUCAAAUUGUUUGAAACACAUUGAAAUUUAGGUGGAGUCCAAUGAGACUACAGCCCUUUGAGAGAAAUCAAUGCCAUGUUUAUAUAUAAAUUGUAAAUUGUCAAAUCUUGUGAAUAACUAUUGAAUAAACAAAAUAAUUCAGAAAUGGAAAA